AUGCAGCGUACUGCCAGAGUGGGGCCAAUCGCUUUGGAUCUCCUUUCCUUCAGACAGCAGGGCAAGAGAUUUAGACAGGGGCUGGCAUUUCAUAUGGUCGAAGCGCCAUCACCAGGCGGGGAAGGAGCGAAGAGCUUAGAACCCGCGGGCUGUGGAGUUGUGCAAAUCCUCUUAUUUCUGCUGGAGCUGCUGGAUGGUGUCCACGCGCCCUCCAUACCCAAGGUUUAUGUGGUGGCUAUAGUAGCAAAUCACGCUCCUGUCGCUGGCCAGUCUAUUGGGAAACACAACUUUGUCAUUAGAUUUCUCAAAGACCCUUCCUGUUUGGAAUUCAGCCUUAACGAUAACAAAGCGGUCCUUAGGCCGAGGGCGGGGUACGUCCCCUCCCCUCGGCUGACGGCAAGCAGGAUGUUCCUGCCUUACAAACUCAGGUUUUCUCCAGCAAUUCUGUUUUUCCUCAUGAGUAUUAUACCGACCAUAUGGAUCCUUGAGUUGCACCAUCAGCAAAACAGUUCACAUGAAACAAAGUGUAACAAACUGGAUUCAACUGACAGCAUUCAAGCGUUUUUUGAUGAAUGGAGAAAUCUGACCAAUGGAACAGUGAAUCCACAGGACCCUCUAAAAUUGUUGUCAUCAGUCUGUGCCAAUGACUGGAUCCUGGCGCUCCACCAGAUCCUCCUGAUCCUUCUGAUAGUGGGCAAGUGGCUGCUGCCAAUCGCUGGAGGAGUCACCAGAGAUGAAAUGUCACAGUUAUUGCUCAUCUUUGUGGGCAUAGCUGCUGAUAUUCUCGAGUUUAUAAGUGAAACGCUGUCUGAUGUCAAGGAGAACAGCCCACAGUUUGUGUAUGUUAUUCUCGGAGUAUGGACAUGGAGCAUGCUUCAGUUUCCUCUUCAUAUCUCAGUGGUGAACAGUGGAACAGAGGACUUCUCUGGAGACUCUCUCUUCUCCAGACACAGGGCAGAUAUAUGCAACAUUGUGGAGAGUCUUUUUCUUCAAGACGGCCCCUUCCUUUUUGUUCGACUGACGGUCAUGAUGCAUUUUUCUGUUUUUCAUCAAAUGCUGGUCUUUUUUGCCUUUAAGAACUUUUUGGUGGUGAUGCUUAACAUCUACAGACUGUGGGUCAUUUGCAUAGAUUACAGAUCUUGACGUGUCAAAACAGAGUCUCUUGCGAAACAGCCAAUGCAGUGAGUAUUUGUGUCAUUGAUGUUAUUGUGAGACACUGUACCUGUCUCAGUCCUGUAAUAUGCCAAAUUUUUACCUUUGGUCUUAUUGUGAAGUUCCAGGAUUUGUAGAUUAUACAAUUAUUAGAAUUUAGAGGGUCCCCCCUUACGAAAAUCAACCAUGGUUUUACUACAGUUAAAAACAUGGUUACUGUACACUGUUAAAAAUUUGCUGUAGUUAUGCAGCUGUUUGCCAGUCAGAGAUGUAUAGUAAGUAGAACUACUUCACUACUGUACUUAAGUACUAAAAGGCCGGAUCUGUACUCUACUGAAGCAUUAUUUUUUUCUCCUACUUCCACUUUAACUUCAGUACAUAUUUUCGAUGAGUUUAAUACUUUUACUCCGAAACAUUUUUUAUGUGCUGCAGCCUGCAUAGUUACUCGUUACACUCGUUAUAAAAAUGUUACGAAUCAUUCCAAAACCACAUUAUCAAACCAAUCGGAGAUAGUAAGGGGCGGACCCCUCCCUCCCUCUCACUCACAAAUAGAUGGGUUUCAGUCAUGUGACUUUUUACGUCAUGCCCCAUCUUGAGGACCUACCGAGUACCAGUAGGCUACUGACAAGCAUUGGCUGACUUGCUACGAUUUACGGAUUUCUUAUCUUUUACUGUCUAUGAAUCUUAUGGAUACGGGAAAUGGCUACGAAAGACAACAAGUCGCACCUUGACUGUUUUCAAAAGAAACGCGACUUUAAAAAAAUAUAUCUUGGUUAGGGUGUGAUGCCUACUCAAUCCCUGAUACGUUCUUCCAGCCGCUGUUCGCUGCUACCGAACUACCACUAUUUUACAACACUAAGGCGGCGCGACACAACAUGAAACUUUGC